AUGGAUUUUAAACCUGGAGGCUUAGACGGACAUGAUACUCGUAGCGCCCUUACAAUUCAACUCAGCAGAACUUUUACUAAAAUCAUGCAAACUCUUUCUCAUCUUGAAAGCCAGUCCGGCCCCUACAAUGCCGCCAAUUCAAAUUCAAACCACGGUGCAAACCCUAGCGAUAUCACCUCUUCUGAGAUCAGGAAUAGAGCUUAUGCUAUAAUGAAGAAAAGUCUCGGUGGCUUAUUCAACAGUAGCACCGAAGACUCACAGUCCGAUAUACCACACUAUAUCAAUAGGAGCAUUAAGAGUUAUUCACGAGGCUACCCGCGACUUGCCGCAAUAGUUGCUUCGAAUAGAGACUACUUAAUCAUCCGCCAAUUCGGGUACUUGCAUGCGAGGGUGCUACUAGAUCUUCAGGACAAGCUACAAGGGUACGAAGAAGAUCUUGAGAAACGUGACAGAGAGAGCCAUAGUAAGGGUGCCAACAAUCCGUCGUUGGCCCCAAAGAUGGACCUUCUCAGAAAUAUUGAAGAGACAUUGAAGAGAUAUAAGAUAAUGAUGGAUUAUGCGUCUUCUCCUCAUUUCCAGCAAGAGCCCUCCGAGACAGACAUCAAAAACUUGGGGGCCCUUUCCGAAGUACAUGCACCAUUCGCCAACGAGAAAAAGAAGUAUUACCUGUACAAGGCGGACCUCGUAUCACUGAACUUACAGGAAGACACGGCACGAGUGGAUGGGCUCCUUACAAAGCUCAUAUUCUACAAACCUAAUAAGCUGAUCAAGGUAAAUAUGUCUGCCACAGAGCGAAGCAAAUAG